AUGUGUGAAUCCCAAAGUAAUAUAUCUCAAUUCAAUCUGCUGCUUUGGUGUUGUGUGAAAAAUGACAGUGAGGAUAACCUGAGAGCAGCACUUGGUAGAAUGGGAUUGAGUUCUCGUGGAAUGGAAGACGUAAUGGAUAAAGUGCGGAACAAGCAUUAUCAGGUGAUUGAUCAUAACGUAACUAACAGGGUAAUCUUCAUAUGCAUGUUGGACUCUGCAAAACAAAAGCUUGCAUGCACCUUAACCUUUGAAGCUGUUUAUGGUACAUCGUGUGAUACUGGAAUCAACCAUCCCAACCAAUACUUCGAGGAGAGUCAGAAAAUCUUGAAAUCCAAGACGCCAACUGCUCCCGUUUAA